AUUAUGCUCAAUGUGAGCAGAAAAUCCAAAAUCUCAAUAGGGAGAUAGAACGCCUUAAAAAUGCUUCAGAAGAAGAGAUAGUAGAGUUGAAAUCUAAAAUCUCCAAUCUAAAAAGUCAACUAUAUCAAGCUAGAAAAGAUGUGCAAAAUAAGGAUAAAUAUAUCUCUACCUUAGAAGAACG